AUGUCGUCGUAUAGUCGCAUCAAACCAUUCGACGUGACAUCUGAGGCCAGUAAUCUUCCGGCGGAAUGGGAAAUAUGGAAAAGUGAUUUAGAGUCUUUCUUCUUGGCACAAGCUGUUGAGACACAGCAUGAUAAGCGAGCACAAUUAGCGUACCUAGGAGGACCAGGCCUUCAGGAGCUGCUACGUCACCUUCCGGGGGUAAACCAAGUUCCUCAUGUGACCGCUGAUCCGCCGUACUACGAUGUGGCGAUCAAGUGUUUGGAUGAUUACUUCGAGCCGUUUCGUCGCAAAUCAUACGAGCGUCAUCUUUUUCACCAAAUCACGCAGCAGCCGGAAGAAAGAUUCACGGACUUCGUUAUGCGAUUGCGGAAGCAGAUUGCUCGAUGCAAUUACAACUCUUGUGUGGUGGAUGAACUGAUUGCUGACCGCAUCACACAAGGAUGCAAAUCACAAGAACUUCGCACCAGACUGCUUCAAAAGGACCGCUCGCUAGAGGAAAUCAUCGCGCUGGGAAGCAGACCGAAAGCCAAACGCAUUCGUGCCGUGCAAGAGGAAACGGAAGCGAAACAAUCCAAAGACUUUGUGUUCUAUGCGAUGGGUCGGAACGUGUUCACCUUCAUCGUGGGAGGCGUUGAAAUCCCUAUGACGAUAGAUUCCGGCCCAGAUGCCAAUAUUAUUACGAAAGAGAUCUGGGAGCAAAUGAAACAGGCUGGAGCCGUCAACAAUACAGUGCAAGCGAAAUUUUAUGUUGUUGAAGAUGGACAGCGUUGUUUGUUGGGCGACAAAACAGCCAAAGAUCUCCAAGUACUCAAAGUUGGAUUCGACAUAGCAUCCGUUGACUCAAACCGCUGUAAACCGUUUCCGAAAAUCCGAGGGGUAAAGGUUGAGAUACCCAUCGAUGAACAAGUGCCACCAGUUCAACAGCCGUACAGACGUCCGCCGAUUGCACUGGAGGAGAAGAUAGAGACGAAGCUACGUUCGCUUUUGGAGUUGGAUAUUAUUGAGCGGGCUCCGGGACCAUCGCCAUGGGUAUCACCAAUGGUACCUGUUCAGAAGGAUUCGGGUGAAAUCCGGCUCUGCAUUGAUAUGCGUCGAGCCAACCAGGCAGUUCUUCGCGAAAGCCAUCCCUUGCCGCUGGUGGACGAGCUGUUGUCAUCGGUGUCAGGUGCUGUACUAUUCUCAAAACUUGACAUUAAGGAUGCCUACCACCAGGUCGAGCUGUCUGAAAGAUCACGACCAAUCACCACUUUCAUCACCAAGUACGGCCUCUACAGGUACAAACGCCUAAUGUUUGGGGUAAGCUGUGCUCCUGAGCUCUUUCAGAAGACAAUGGAGGUAGUAACAGCAGGCCUAGAAGGAGUAAUUGUAUACCUGGACGAUGCCGUAGUAUUUGGGGCCACUAAGGAGGAGCACGAUAGGAGAUUGGCUGCCUUGUUGAAGCGUUUUUCGGACUAUGAUAUAUUACUAAACGAACAAAAAUGCAUAUAUGGAGUAGAAAGCUUGGAGUUCUUAGGUCAUCAACUUUCAACUACUGGCGUUCGACCAACUGAAAGUAGACUCGCAGCAAUCGAGAAAUUCCGCGAACCAUGA